GGGCUAGAAAUUUUCGCAGGAUGGCCCACAACUAUAUAAAGCCGUCCCUUCCUUCCCCAAAGCAGGAAUCGGAAUCCACAUCCACGGAUCCAAUCUCAACAGUGCCUUUCUAAUUUCAGUUCCUGAACGCUGCGUAAAAACACCAUAAAUAUACUAACAUUUUAAGUAAACAAACUAAUUUUUUUAACAAAAUUGUGAAUUUGGGUUGAUUCGAAGUCGCAAUGAAGGAUGAUGAUUCAUCUCUCCCAACAUCGACCGCAGCGGCGACCCUGUCGGCAAUGCCUAUCAAUGCCAAAAAGGAAAGUUCCGAUUCUAAUCUAUUUGGGAAAGGCCGGUAUAAGUUCUGGGCGUUAGCUGCCAUUUUGCUUUUGGCAUUUUGGUCAAUGUUCACCGGAACUGUCACUCUCCGUUGGUCCGCCAGCAAUCUCAAUAGUCUAUCCGAUGACCUUGACACUCCCAUACCCGACGAUCUCGACGUCCUUGAAAUGGAGGAAAGGGAAAAGGUGGUGAAGCAUAUGUGGGAUGUAUACACUAAUAGCCGUCGGGUCAGAUUACCACGAUUUUGGCAGGAGGCUUUUGAGGCUGCUUACGAGGAAUUGACUAGUGAUGUCCCUGGGAUUAGAGAUGCUGCAUUCUCUGAGAUCGCAAGGAUGUCCGUCCACUCCAUUAUUAUUGAUCCCCCUCCUCUUCAAUCAACGAGUGCUCGAGGAUUAAGCAAGAGUCUUAAGAUAGGAGGGAAAAGUGGGGCUAUCGCAGCUUCAAGGAGGAGUAAUAGAUAAUAUGAAGAGAAUCUAUAGGCUUCAAAUCUGCAUUAUUGCUCGUGUGCUGCAGCAAUCUGUGACGUGCAGAAAGGCGAACGGGACACCGUUCUUCAUGGUUUUGUAACUGGAACAAUUAUGUACUUAAUUAGGUUCUUUUUUCUUCCAAGUUUUUGCUGCCACAAUCUUGUCAUUAUUGGUGGUUCUGAAAACAACCUUUUUCAGUAGGUGAAUUCAGUGAGAAAUUUUGAUUUUUCUUGUCCCUCAA